AAACCAUUUUGGAGUUUGCUAUAACUGCCAUCUCACACUUCAACCGGGUAUGCAGUGGGGAUUAAAGAUAUAAAGAGGUGUGAUACUGGGAGCGUCCCUGGAUGCCUGUUUGCCAUGAAACAGAAAAUGAUUUGAAGACUAAGCUUCAAACAAUCUAAUCCUCCUUAAAUGCAUAGCUGUUAAAGAGGAAGAGGAGGAGUCUGUGCACACUGGGACUGGGUUAUUACCAGGGAGUGAAUGCUGCAGGAACUGAUGUGUGAGCUACAGCUGGCUGCAUUAAAACUGGCUUCUCCUUGCUGCUGUUUUUUGAAAUGACAUCAAGAACAAAGAAGCGCAUUGUCCUUCCAUCUCGACCAGAGCCACCAAGUAUUGAGCAGAUUUUGGAAGAUGUCCGUGGUGCUAUAACUUCUGACCCAGUGUUUAUCUGUGAUGUUAGUGAUGCAGAGCCACAGAUUCCUGCAGAUGAUUCCUCAGAUAGGGAGAAGCAAUAUAUCCAGAGCUGCUCAUAUGUGGAAAUGAACAACAAGUUGAGAGAAGCACAAACUCAACUUAAAGCAGAAUGUGAUGCCCUAAGAUGUUCUGGCAAAACUCUAGAAGAGGAUAUUGUAAAGCUAAGAGAGGCAGCUAUGUAAAUGUCUAGAUACAGGUAGGAGACUGAAAUAAUUUAAGCUUUGGUUUCCUUUUUGAUGAAUCAUCACAGAUCUGCUGAACAAUAAAUAAGUCUAAAACAUGCUUUUUGUUGGGGUCAGAAAGACUAUCUUCCCCGUAUCAAGUGGGUAUCCUUAUUGGACAUGUGUGCAGCUCGUUAUGUUUAUGAUUUUUCCGUGUGGCACUGUGCAGAGGAUUAUUCAGUGGCCUCUGAAAUGACUGAGCUUUUAGAGCACAAUGGUUAUCAUGGCUAUGCUGAGCACCGUGAUAAGCAGGCUGGGAUACAGGCCAUUACAGCUGCCACCAGCGUAAUCCAAAACAGUAGGAUUUCAUUUCUUAUUCUUUCUGCACGGUCCUUGCAAGAUCCCUGGUUUAAGUGUGUCUCAGAGUGGAACUUGAUGAAAUUUGUAUAUGAAGAAGGUGCCAAAGUUAUACCAGUCUAUGUGGAUGUGGGACAAGAACAAAAACCAGACAUGUUAAUGAGCCUAACGAGCCUUAGCUACAGGAGCAAGUUCUUUGAAAAGAAGCUUUUAGAUAGCAUGAAGCUCCGGACAAGACACUGAUCAAACACAUGGAAUGAACCACACAUCUGUAUUUAUAAAUGGCAAACGGUCCGAGCAUUCCCCUAACUAAAAAUUAAAAACGCAUGUUUUGUAAGAUUAUUAAAAGAACAUUAUACCAAUAAACCUUUCCAUAUCCAA